AUGGCAAGCAACGGUUUCGACGUGUCUUUGGUCUCACAGGGUUCUGACCGCAUGGAGUUAAAAGAUUGUUUGGACUGCAACUCGGCAGAGAUGGUGCGUAAUUUCAUCUACUGUAAAUGUCGAAUUGCGUCAGUGACCAGUGGACCGAUCCGUGACCUCCACGAGGGGCUUCAUGCGGAGAUUUUACAGCAGCCUCACAACAUGCCUCAAGUGCACGAGAUCAUCAGCGCUCUGCAGCGGAUGGAGCACGAUCACUGUCCGAAAAGCACCGAAUUCAGCGAUGAUGCGCUGUAUAACAUUAUCAUGGAGAAGGCGGUGGAGGAAUGUGUGAGUGGACCGAUCCGUGACCUCCACGAGGGGCUUCAUGCGGAGAUUUUACAGCAGCCUCACAACAUGCCUCAAGUGCACGAGAUCAUCAGCACUCUGCAGCGGAUGGAGCACGAUCACUGUCCGAAAAGCACCGAAUUCAGCGAUGAUGCGCUGUAUAACAUUAUCAUGGAGAAGGCGGUGGAGGAAUGUGUGGUCAGCAACACGUGGAGCUCAACUAAGAGUUACACUAGGACCGGCCGCGUGGUUCAGUGCACCGUGUGUGAUAAGGUGCAGAAGAGUCUGGUGUUGAAUAAGACCAUACCUGAGCUUCAGGCGGUGAUUCUGAAGGGUGGCAGCCUUGAUCAGAGAGUGCGACUGAACUUGUCCAGUUACAUGGCUCCUGGCCCCCAGGCCAGUCAGGGCCAACCUAUUAGUCUGAGUAUCGCUGGAAGCGACCUCUACCUCUCCUGUUCAAAGACCUCCGAAAACCCUGCCCUGCAACUGGAGGUGGUUAAAGACAAAAAGGCUCUGAACAACAUCAAGGCUCAGGGUGACCUUGCCCGCUUCCUGUUCUUCAGGAGAGGCACAGGUCUGUCAAUCAACACCUUCGAAUCCGUCAAGUUCCCAGGAUGGUUCAUUAGCACAGCAUCCGAAGACAAGACGGUGGAGAUGUGUGAGAAAGACACACCUAAGCGAAUCAUAGCCUUUACAAUCCAAGAUCAGAUUGAAAAUCCAAAGGAUUAG